CACCCGCGCCCGGACGUCACUGACUUCCCGUCCAGCUAAGCUUGUAUCACUCAUACCUGCCUGCCUCUGCCUGCCUCUGCCUGCCUUCUUACUCACUUUCCCUUCUACUCUUGGGCUUCCAUGCAGUCGAUCCACAACCCUUAUUCUCUCUCACUGGAUCUUCCUUGAUACUACUUGCUCAGUGUCCUCUUCUGAGCUUCCUCGCUCUCCGCCCUCCCCCUCAACAAAGCUAUUCUUCUCUAUCGACCCCUCCUCACACCGACUGGGGCUUCUCCGCAACCAUGACCGCCGGACUCAAAACAAUCAUCGCACUCUCCUUUGUCCUUGCCAUUGGUUUUCUUCUUGUGAUCCUCUCUUCGGCUCUCUGGCACAACUUCCUACCAUUGCUUGUUGUUGCGACUUAUGUUGUUGCGCCCCUGCCCAACUGGAUCUGCUCACGAUGCGCCAAUCCGGAUGACUUUAUGGACAGCUCCGGCAACGCCGCUGCCGACUUUGGCCGCUUCAUGACCGGCUUCCUGGUAUUGAUGGGUAUUGCUCUCCCAGCCGCCCUUGCGCAUUGCGGUGCGAUCGAGAUUCCCGCUAUGGUCAUGUCAAUUGUUGGAGGUCUCCUCAUCUACGGAACUAUCAUCAGCUUCUCGAUGUUCUUCAAGGAGCAGGAGGACUUCUGAAAGCCGAGCGCCGUGCUUCCCGGCAAGGCCGCCUUCGCGUUGGAUACCCACCCUGCAGAAUAUUUCUCAACCUAGCAUGAACCGAUCCCCCUCCCAAUGUGUCUAACUUAUUUUUUCACGAGCCAUCGAUAUGAUUUACCGUUCCGUAGGAGUAUUACGGUGACUUUGCGUGUUUAUGGGGUUUGUUAUGAUUUUGUGUUUGUCAUUUGGCGAUGCGGUCGAUGUAUUAUAGCCACUAUGCACUUAUAUAGAAUAUUGGCAGUACAGGCCGAUCUUAUUGCCGGUAAGAUCAUCC